AUGUCGCGCAUCACCGCCCCCGUCGCGAAGCUCGCCCGCUCCAUCAACUCGGCCGCAACCGCAACCCGCUCCUCCGGCCUCCUCGAGUCCCACUACAACGUCAACCAAGGCGCCGUCCUGAUGCCAAAGUACGCGGAGCUCCUCAAGAACCGCACCGCAUACGAGCACGACUCCGCCCGCUCCCUCACAACAACCCACCGCCCAACCCCCCAACCCACAAGAACGUCCUCCUCCGCCCACCGCCAAAUGCAGACCUUCUCCUCCUCCUCCGCCAACUCCUCAUCACCCGCCAUCGCCUCAAUGGACUUCACCACCCUCCCCAUGUCCUACGAGCCCGCCCCGCGCAACGAGUUCGCCGGCAUGCGCAUGCCCCUCCUCCCGGACUCCUUCACCACCAAGCACCAGUCCCUCUACGAGCAGACGACCACGGACCUCCCCCUCUCCAAGCCCGAGAUCUCCAUCAUCGCCGCCAACCCGGAUAACGUCACCACCGCCGCCGCCCUCACCGAGGUCGAGGGUUUUGGGGUGGACGGCGUCGAGCUGAAGUGGGCGCACGAGAGCGAGGCCGCCGCCGAGGACGCGCACCAGCCCGGCCUGAGGGAUCUGUGGAAGGGUCUGGUCGACGACGUCGUCGGGAGGAAACCCGCCUACUAG